UCCGAUGAGUGUACCUGCAACGUUCGGUGGGCAGGGCAGAUUCUAACGUAACCUAAGAUUCGACACCGUCAAAACAAAGCAAAACCACCCCUAAAAUCGCCACCCCCGAACUCUUAAAAUGACGUAUUAACCAAACAAGUGUGUGUAAUCUCACAAUAACGCAAAAAUGUGGCGUCUUUGUGCUUUGUGUGUGUGUUUAUUAGCACUGGGUGUGAUCGCCCAAUACGAGUGGCAGGCAAGGGAUGCCUACGAUGAGGUGCGUCGAGCCAUGGACAGAGUGAACAAAUACAACUGCGAAAUUCAACACGUUGGAGACUUGUACUUGCCGGAAACCUCCGUGUCCCACAUCCCCGACAUCAAAGAUGUCAACAUCAAUCCCGUUUUUCCCAAUAGGACUCAACUACUUCACAUACACAACAUGGCCCUGAGUCGAGCCUUUUUCUGGAGUUAUAUCCUUCAGAGUCGAUUCAUUCGUCCGGCCAUAAACGACACCUAUGACCCCGGGAUGAUGUACUACUUCCUCUCCACCGUGGCCGAUGUCUCCACCAACAAUCACGUCAACGCUAGUGCUAUUUAUUUCGCCCCCAACAUGUCAUACUCCUCUUCUUACCGCGGCUUCUUCAACAAGACUUUCCCAAGAUUCGCCCCUAGGACAUUCCGAGCCGACGAUUUCAACGACCCCAUACAUUUAGAACGUAUUUCCACCCUGAAUACGUUCACAGUGUACGAUUUAGGGGCUAUCAAACCUAACACUAGCGACGACUACACUUCAGAUUUUUACCGAAUUAAUGAAUGGUACAAGAAGUGGCUCCCUGAUCGAGUUUUUGAUAGGCAUGACACGAAGACGACUUAUCAGAUUUAUAUCAGAUAUGCAAACAAUACUAAUGAAACAUUUACGUUUCAUGGACCUCCCGGAGCCGAUGAAAGUCCGGGGCCUGUCCAAUGGACCAGACCCUAUUUUGACUGCGGGAGAUCGAAUAGAUGGUUGGUGGCGGCUGUUGUGCCUAUUGCUGACAUUUAUCCAAGACAUACGGGGUUUAGGCAUAUUGAAUAUCCCACUUACACCGCUGUUUCUGUGGUUGAAAUGGACUACGAACGUAUCGACAUCAACCAAUGUCCUCCCGGGUUGGGCAACAAAGAAGGCCUCAACAUGUUCGCAGACACAGCCCGGUGUAAAAAAGAAACAACCGAGUGCGAACCUAUCCACGGAUGGGGCUUCCGAAGAGGCGGCUACCAGUGUCGGUGCAAACCCGGUUACCGUCUCCCCAUGCAAGUCCGACGUCCCUUUUUGGGAGAAAUAGUAGAACGUGCAACGGCAGAACAAUAUUACAACGGUUUUGAUUGUCUUAAAAUCGGAUGGGUACAGAAAUUACCGGUUCAGUGGGAAAAAGCAAGUUCAUCGGUCCGAAACCACUAUCUUGAUAAAUACAGGGAGUAUCGUUAUCCUGUCUCAGGACCCGAGGCUUUACACCAACCAAAAAUCAAUAUUCACAAAUCUCUUGAUUUUAUUUUGGGCAUGAAUAAGGACAAUUGUAAGAAUUACAACAAGGACGAAUUAAUUUUGUACGGUGGUGUCGAAUAUGGCGCUUAUGAAUUUUUCCAAAAUGAAGCCAAAAUGGCCUUACGACUCGCGAAUUUCAUUAGUGCCUUUUUACAAGUCAAUGACCCCCAUGAGGUGUAUUCAGGGAAACGAGUUCCUGACAGACCUCUAACAGAAGACGAAAUGAUCGGCGAAACUUUAGCCCUUGUUAUGGGUAAUAACCGAAUUUGGUCGGCGGGGACUUACUGGGAACGAAAUAAAUUCACAAAUCGCACACUUUUCGCCCCCUACGCCUACAAAACGCAACUCAACACACGAAAAUUCGCAGUUGAAGAUUUGGCCCGACUUAACAAAUCUGAUGAAGUCUAUUUGAAUAAACCUUGGUUUUUGAAAUUGAAACAACGCUGGUUGACUAAUUUCGACAGUCUGGAAAAAUUUUACAUGAAAAUUAAAAUCCGGUUUAAUGAAACUGGCGAAACGACGAGGAAGUAUGAACGAUAUCCGAAUUACUACAGAGGGGCUCAACUAAAACACGGCUUAUGGACCGAGCCUUAUUAUGACUGUGAUGGCAAAAGGCCCAUGUGGAAGAUUAAAUACGCUGCACCGUUUUUCGGUUGGGACAGUCUUAAAGUGAAACUCGAAUUCAAAGGUGUGGUCACCGUAUCAAUGGAUUUGCUAAAACUGGAUAUAAAUCAAUGUCCUGACAGAUACUACGUUCCAAACGCGUUCAAAAACACACACAAGUGUGAUUUGCGAAAUUCAUACUGUGUUCCGAUCUUGGGUCGUGGAUUUGAAACAGGGGGUUAUAAAUGUGAGUGUAAGCAAGGUUACGAAUAUCCGUUUGAAGAUCUCAUUACUUAUUACGACGGUCAAGUUCUGGAAGCCGAAUUUAGUAACUUAGCUGAUAAUAAUGAGACGCGUUUUGAUAUGUUCAAGUGCCGCUUAGCUGGCGCUAGCAGUGUUCAAGUUAGUAUCGUGACGGUUUUGUUAUUAAUAUUUGUUAGUUUUGGUUUGUAUGGCAGAAGUUGAAUUUUAAACUAAUGACUUGAAAUUGAAGGCCUUUUAAUGUGCCUUGAUGAUAUUUUAGUUUUACCGUCCAUUUUAAGUUGUAGUUGUAGGAGUUUGGUACAAAAAAGAACGUAUUUUGUAUGUUAUUGUGUACUUGUUGUUUUGAAGUGCACUUAUUGUAAGGUUAAUCGUACUAUAGGCCGAGUUGCAAUUUUUGUUGGGCGAUCGUGAGUUUUGUACAGAUGGCUUUAUACAUGUACAUAUUUUUGAUAUUCUUUUUAUUUCUAAGUGCACAGACUAUGAACAAAAAAUUGUUCACUUAAUCGAUUUUUUUGUAUUACAUGCAUUUUUUAUUAA